AUGGUAUAUUAUAUCCGAUUCUUAAAGACACCGCGGUUCCAGCAGCAGAAAAAGUCCGUCUUCAUAUCCGCUCUGAUCUGCAUCACUACGGAUCUAGGCGACGAUUUUCUCGCCGAGAAUGUGGACUUGACGGCGAGCUGGAUACAACAUCCCUCACACAAAGUCCGAUAUCAGACAGCUGUACAAUGGCAGGCUGGUUCCCGCCAAUUGUCUAUUUUGCUUGGUCCUUUCUCACCCAAUGACGUGGCCGGGCAAACGGCGGUGCUAAAAAUUCGUCUCCCCGAUGUUGAGAAAGAUGUCUUGGGAGAGCAUUCUACACCAUUGGUGAUAUCAGGGUGCAGCGCGCCCUUUGGACCGGGACGGGAGCCUGCCGAGCAAUUGAUCCGACGAGAUUUGAAUAUUGGAGAUAAUGUGCGACCCUUGAGGAUCUGGGAGGAAACGGGGAACAGCAUUGCGCGGCACAUCUGGGACGCGGCUCUUGCAAACAUCAUCUUCCUCGAGCAAGUCAUUACUGGCACUGGGAAGAGCAUGCCUGUCCUAAACCAGCUCCUGAACUCUGGCAAGUCGAACCUCCAAGUCGUCGAGCUCGGUGCUGGUUGUGGCAUCGUGGGCAUUGCACUUGCAACAAUGCUUGCCAACUGUGAGGUGCUCCUGACCGACCUACCUGAGGUCUCCGACAUUGUGACUCGCAACAUCAAUGAAGCCUCUCCCAAGUCGUCGGCGGCAAUCAAGUUUCAGACGCUCGACUGGGAUGACCCGACGCCAAAUCUCACUCAAGGGCCCAUUGACUUGAUUCUCGUGUCGGACUGUACAUACAAUGCGGAUAGUCUGCCCGCACUGGUGUCUGUCCUCGAUCGCUUGGUCCGUGGUUCACCGGGAGCUAUGGUGCUGGUAGCUUUGAAGCGACGGCACGAGAGCGAGGCAGUCUUUUUCGAUUUGAUGCGCCGUGCAGGGUUUGCGUCCCUGCAGACAAAGGUGUCAUUGCCGGCGCAGUGGGAGCAGGUUGAUCAAAUUGAGAUGCACUGCUACCAGCAGGAGUCUGGAGUAAAGAGAGCUUAGAGUUGUCACAGUAUUCUGGUACAAUGUCCUAUACGAAGUACAGUAGACGGCAUUGAAAAGGGUUGAAAUACCAAUACCCGGCGCAUGGUGGUCCGUGCUACUGUGCGUCAUCGAGGCCCGUUUUCGCCCGUUUUCUGCCUGCUCCGCCCGAUCUCCUUAGCUGUUCGCAGCUUCUCCCCCGCCGAUCAUCGACCUUCCACGGUAUUAUAUCCUGUACGGAGUCUGUAUCCGUACUUUUCCACCCUACUUGCUGCAUGUACUGUUGUCUGUGGUUGCUUUUCCGAAACUUCGCAGUCAAGGCACAUUGAUCAACAGUUUCUUCGGGUUGUUGACCACCGCAGACUUUUAUGAGGCAGCCCUCGACGUGUCCGGUUCGU